AUGUUCGAUACCGCCGCCACCCCAUAUCCGCCUCAUCAUCUUUUCCAGUUGCGACUUGCUGGGACUAGCAGUGCCAUGUCGGUGUACGAGCUGAUCAGCCUUGCCCUGACCCGCCAUGGGGCCACCCGGGUCCGCCGGGGCGGCGCCGACUCGACGGCGUCGUCAAACCCGUCGUUGCCCCCGCAAUUGCUCGAGGAGGACCACAAACACACCGCCCGGGAGUCGCAGUUGUUUGCCAACCCGGACCGGCUCGACCAGACGCUGGCAAAGUUGUCGACGGUGCCUGAAACAAAUGUGGCGUCUCUAGAGCGCUCGACGCAAAACCCGUUGAAGUAUCUCGACCACAAACGCCAGGUGUUGGACAAUGAGCUCGCACACAACAUCGAGCUCCACCUGGCCGCCGCUGAGAAGGGGGAAGGCAAUCUUGGUCGGCUACGAUCGAUGCUCAAGCAGAACUACCACCAGCUUAGUGAAACCCACGUGGCGUUGGGUGAAUUAUACGAAUCCGAAGUGAAACGGGUAAACGAUGUCCUCGCUCGGCUUGCGGAGUGGAACAGUCUGCGACAGUUACUCUUGAAGGACAUCUCGACAAUCAAGAGUCCCACUCUGGAAGAAGGCGCUAAGUUGGCGUCGCUUUUGGACCAUUCGCUGGAGAUCGACGACGACAUCACCCUCAUCCAGCAAAAGCUUGAAGCGUUGAUCAAAAAGAAACAGGUUGUCAACCAAGAGAUUGUCAAGACAUAUUCAGUGCUUGAGAGCCGGACUCUGAAGCAAGUGGAACAGUUCAAACACUUGGAGCAGGACGGCAAGGACGUCAUCUUGCUGUACUUGGCGAGCACAGGUAUUGCUAAUGCCGAGGAGUAUUGCAAAGUAACCCCAGUGGACGUUACGUUUACCACAGCAUACAGAACCCAUCACCAACCAGCUAAACAUGAACCUAUUACCAGUUUAGCCAGUCUGGGCGAUGGUCGAAAUUUACUCGGCAGCGACAUUUCGGACAAAGCGGUAAUGAUCAACCUUCAAAGCGACAACGACGGUUCGGAAGACGAUGAUGAUGAGUUGCUUAUUCCUCUGCUGAGGAGUGGCACCAUCGCUAGCUCUGGUAUCGGCAUGAAACCAUAUGAUCCUACCGCCAUGGAACUGCCAAAACCAGCACUGGUAGGAAGUGUUUCUCAACCAGCAACAACUGACAAUGCUACUCUGUCGCUUCCCACUGGAGUCGCAGCUGCCACAACGCCAUCAGAUGACCUGAAUAGUCCUCCUAAUUUAUUGGAGGAAAUGAACCACGACCACGGAGCUACUCCAUACCAACAGGGGUACUUCGUUGGUGCUCAAAAGGCUCAGCUGAUUCGUCACAAAGUGUCUGAGUUUAUUCGUCAGCUUCUCAACUCAUAUGCCGAGGCUCACUCAACUCGCCCUGUGCCUAAUAAGUCAGCUGAACCCCGCCCGUAUGAGGAUUAUGGUAACACCAUCACCCAAAAGCUUGACUAUGACUACAUCAAACGUUUACUUGAGGCAAAGCGAGACGAAUUUCAGAACGGCAUUUCCAUCGUUCUGAGUCGAGCAAUCCAGUACCAUCGCUACCUGACGCUUUGGACGAGCUUCAUCAAGAUACUCAGUGACCAGGAGGGGAAGCUUGCCACGCAAAUAUCUCAACUGCAGCUUUUGGAGAAGGGACACGACAACCCUAAUCAGCAUUUCAGCCAAAUCUUGCGCAGCGCUAUCUCGCAAAUGAAGCUCCGCAUCGACGCCGACGAACCUAAUGACCCCAUCAUCCUCAAGCCCAUAUCUGCCGAAAUCAGAGCGACGGCACGGGCGCUUGGCCUAGUAGAGCAGAAAAGCUCCGAAGAUAUUUUGCAGGAGUUCAAGCUUGAUACUUUGUCCUAA